AAUGUUCUGCCAUAUUAUUUUACUGCCAAUUAUGCUGGCAUUCUUGCAAGCGUUUUCAUGGUCACCAGCCGCUGUGGAGGGAGCCAAAAUUCUUGGACUUUUCGCCCAUCCAAGUGAAAGUCAUUUUGCCGUUAUGCGUAGCCUAAUGUUGGAAUUGGCCAAGCGUGAGCACAAUGUCACUGUUUGUAGCAGCCAUCGGCUAAAUGAACACGUAGAGAAUCUGCGUGAAAUCAUUGUGGAGCCGGAAUUUCCUUUUUGGAAGAAAUUGUUGGAAAUCACAGAUAGCCAAGUGGGCGGUCUACACAAACUAAGUCAACUCGCCGAGCCGUCAAUGCAAAAGUCACUGGCCACUGUGGGUGCCGCCGCCGUCGAUUACUUCCUGUCGAAUGCAGCCGUACAAAAGUUACUCCAUUUACCAGUCAAUGAAUUCGAUUAUGACCUGAUAAUUGUGGAUUUAUUCUACACCGAAUCGCUACUAGCAGUGGGCCAUUUCUAUGGCAAACCCACAAUUGGUAUUGUGAGCACAAAUUUCGAGAAUUAUAUGCAACACGUAUUGGAGCAAAUGGUACCGGUCGCCUGUUCGCCCAACGAUUAUGAAACCUACCAGCCGGCGGCGGGCUAUUGGCAACGGCUGGGCGCUGUGCGUGGUUGUGUGUCGAGACGUAAACAAUUUGUGAAGGCCAAUUGGGGUGCACAAGAAACUUUGUUGCGACGACAUUUCGCACAUUUCGAAGGUGCGAGCGAAAUUAACAUUGCCGCGCUGCAGGCAGAAUUGGCUGUCCUGCUGCUCAACAGUCACGUCCCAUUGUUGACGCCGCGUCCUCUGUUGCCGAACACAAUUGCCGCUGGUGGCAUGCACAUACGGCCGCCACGUGAGCUACCAUGGAACAUACGUCGCUUUCUGGAUGAGUCCCGCGCUGGUGUUGUGUACGUAAAUCUCGGCAAUGAACAACUCUGCGCCGAUAUACCAAAACCCACAUUGCAAUUGCUUCUCCAAACACUGGGCAAACUGAAAGAGCGCGUGUUGUGGACGUGCCACGAUGAACAGGCGUUGAAAGAUUUACCUGCCAAUAUAAUGGUGCAACAUCUGGUGGCACAGGCUGACAUUUUGGCACAUCCCCAUGUGCGUGCGUUUCUGAUGAAUGGUGAUUUACUUGGCCUACAGGAGGGUAUCAUGCGACAUGUACCCAUGAUUGGUGUGCCAAUUUUUAGCAAUGAAGUGCACAAUAUGGCGUUGGCGGUGCGGCUUGGCGUUGGCAUACAAUUAAGUCAUGACAAUCUAACGGAGACGUCACUUAAAUGGGCGCUUCAGGCGAUCAAGGAGGAUGGAACGUAUCCGUUGAAAAUACGUCAGGUGGCUAGCACCUUCCGUGAUCGGCCGCUGGGUGCUGUGGAGACAUGCAUGUAUUGGAUGGAUUAUGUAUUGCGUCAUCAAGGGGGCGUACAGCUAAGAACGCUCGGUGUUGGCAUACCUUCCAGCCACCUACAUCUCUUUGAUUUGUUCAUAUUCUAUUUUGUUAUGGCGCUGUUGAUUGUUGGCGUACUAGCUGGUGGCUUUUACGGUGUCAUAACAUUUUUGCGAAGUCGUGGUAUGGACAAAGAGUACUCGAAACUAAGUUAAUUUUCUUCAGUGAUGUCAUAGUUGAGUGAAAUAAAUUUUAAUUUUAUUUUUAUACAUAUAAA